AUGCCGCCUCUGGAUGCUUACAAAUCACACAUAUACGGUGCAAAUGAAGGACGCCUCCGGACGAAAUGGCAGGAGCUGAGGACCACCAGAUAUUCAAUCACACAGAGGAGGAUAAAGUGGCGGGAGUUUGGCCAUGCCUUGGCAGCAGAGAUGGCACACUACACAGCUACUCUACCUCUCUCCAACAUUGUGAUCUACCUGUUAAUGGACGAUGAUGGGUUUGGUGACGCCAAAAUGAACCUACUGCUCCAACAAUGGAAACAGUUACUCCAGGAUGACAAAUGA